AUGUCUUGCUUUGUGUUGCGCUCUCGGUAUCUCCACUCUUGUCCGUCUCUCUCCGUUUCUUUCCCUUCCCUCUCUGCACUCGUCGCUUCCCAUGUUAGCCUGUUGCACAUACCACGGGAAGAAAUGCAGAGCGGCUGCAGAUGUAUUGCUUCUCUUCUUCCUGAUCUCAACCUUCUUUCUCGGUUCCAGCGCUUGCUCCGGCGGGAAUUGCCAGCUUCUCGAUUCGUGUUCCUUGCCCACCGACUGUGGGCCCGGUCUGUACUGCGGGAACUGUCCUGCAAGUGGGAAGACAGAGCCCACUUGCACCAGAGGCCAAGCCAUCCAACCAACAUCAAUAAUUGCGGGGCUUCCUUUUAACAAGUACUCCUGGUUGGUGACCCAUAACUCAUUUUCCAUCGUCGAUGCACCGCCUCUGACUGGUAUUCAGAGGAUGACAUCUUACAAUCAAGAAGACUCUGUUACUAAUCAAUUGAGGAACGGUGUGAGAGGGUUGAUGUUGGACAUGUACGACUUCAACAACGACAUCUGGCUCUGUCAUUCAAUGCGUGGGCAAUGCUACGACUUCACUGCUUUUGAACCUGCAAUCAACACCUUAAAGGAAGUGGAAACAUUCCUGAGUGAAAACCCAUUAGAGAUUGUGACCAUUAUAAUUGAGGACUAUGUGCAUACACCCAAGGGGUUGACAAAGCUUUUUACUGAUGCUGGUUUACUCAAUUAUUGGUUUCCUGUCUCCAAUAUGCCAACAAAAGGUGAGGACUGGCCCACUGUGACUGACAUGGUUGCUGAGAAUCACCGGCUUCUGGUGUUCACUUCUGAUGCAUCCAAGGAAGCUAGUGAAGGAAUUGCAUACCAAUGGAGAUUCAUGCUGGAAAAUGAACCUGGAGAUCCUGGUAUUGUACAAGGCUCAUGCCCAAACAGAAAGGAAUCACAGCCGCUAAAUUCCAGAAGUGCAUCUUUGUUUCUACAGAACUACUUCCCUACAUUUCCAGUAGAAUAUGAAAGCUGCAAAGAGAAUUCAGCUGCUCUUGUUGGGAUGAUUGGUACUUGUUACAAAGCUGCUGGAAAUGUGAUGCCUAACUUUCUGGCUGUUAACUUUUACAUGAGAAAUGAUGGAGAAGGCGUUUUUGAUGCUCUUGACAGAAUGAAUGGCUUUACAUUAUGUGGGUGUACUACUGUCAGCGCAUGCCAGGUUGGAGCACCAAUGGGAUCUUGCAAGGAAACUGCAUCAACUAAUAGAACUCCUACAACCAGAACUGGUGGUAGUUUCUCUGGAUAUGUUCAGUUGUCGGGUUCUACUUCACAAAACCAUUUUUCAGAUUGGUUCAUUCUCAAACCAUUCUGCCUUCCAUUGAUGGCAUUUUUGUUACUUUAAUUAAUAGCACCGGGACAUAACUAAUAUGUGUGUAUGCUGCCUUGAUUAGCCUAAUUAGUCAUUACCUAAUUCUUGGAGUCCAAAAAGUUUCUGCACUGCUAGUGGGAGAUAAAGACAAACUAGCUGGAGAUAUAGAAUACAAUUGAGGCAACAACACUCUUGAGUUCUCAGACCAAAAUCUGGUAGUUAAGGUGUGCACUGUGCUUGGGGUUUGGGGAUAGAUUAUUGACAAGAGAGAUUGAAAUACAGCACACAAUGGUGCUUCGGGUAUGUGCCACUUUAGGAAUUUUCUUUUGGUUGUGCUUCAGCACUAGUUUUGGUUUCUGAGACGGAUUAUCAGGGAAUCUUUUCUUGCUGUUGUAUGAGAAAUAUCAUAAUUUUAUGUGCACUUCUCAUCGAGUUUUUUUCCAUUCCUCUCCUUGGUAGAAGGAGGUUUUGAUAAUAUACUUUGGUUUCUGGGUCUUCCCAAUCUAAGUUGAAUGUUUUAUGUUCGUUUUGGUUA